CGUUCCCGCAGGAGCUCUUUUGACUUCUGGUAAAUAGGAGUUUUUUCUUAACGGAUUUGCCUAGUUAAAUUAAUAAUACAAAUAAAACCAAAAGACGUCAUGAUUUGACCUCGUAUUUUUCAGAGUUCACAGUUGUCUUGAAAGCACCAUAAGGUAGGCGCUCGCAUGGUUUCAGACUGCGUCAUUUCAGACAAACCGUGAACAUGGCGGGUCUAGUAGCAGCAAAGAAGUGCAUCACCCCUCUUGUUGUGAUCAAAAGGCUUUCUUCCCCGGAAUAUAAAGCCCAAGCCGCCUACCACAAGAAGGUAGUGGACCACUAUGAGAACCCAAGGAACGUUGGGUCCCUGGACAAGACCUCCAAGAAUGUGGGUACAGGCUUGGUGGGUGCCCCAGCUUGUGGAGAUGUGAUGAAACUGCAGAUUGAGGUAGACGAUCGUGGGAAGAUUGUGGACGCCAGGUUCAAGACGUUUGGCUGCGGCUCCGCUAUCGCCUCCAGCUCCCUGGUAACAGAGUGGGUGAAGGGCAAAUCUAUUGACGAAGCACUGACCAUACAGAACACGGAUAUUGCCAAAGAGCUCUGUCUUCCACCGGUCAAACUUCACUGCUCUAUGCUGGCUGAGGAUGCCAUCAAAGCUGCCCUCCAUGACUACCGUCUCAAACAACAGGAUGGCAAGAUUGAGGCGGUCAACGCCAGCAACUGAGGGCUUUGCCAAUGUCUGAACACCAGUGUCCUGCACCCUACUACCAAGGGGACACUCAAAGUAUAGUCCUGGAUCCCCACUCCACCAUUCUUCUAUAUAUGGGGCACCUUAAAUUAGUUCAUGUUAUGUCCACCCAUACAACGUACAUAGAUGGCACAGUGUACACACCAAGCCCCUGUGGCAUUAUGUUUUUUUGAUCUUUACUCCAGCCUGCCACAUUAACGCACAUUUUAAAGGCACUGAUCGGGGGAUUGGUACAAAGUAAGCCUUAUUUUCAGGAGUGAAAAAUGUGAAGUGAGUAGAGUGUACAGGAGUUUGCUUGCUUUGUGCUUGAGUAUUUUGUCAUGGUAUGGGUGUGUUCCAUUGGGAAGUGAUUCUGGAUGCAGUGGUGGAAGUAUUGAAUAAGCCUUAGAAGUUUGUCUUAGUAUUCCAUCAACACUCCUGUACUAAUGGCUUGAUGGCAAUGAUGAAAUGUAAUGCGGAAGAUGUAAAAUGGUAGCAAACUAUCAAGGUAUCUAUUUUGAUUGUUUAGUGACAUUUCAGACAUAAUUCCUGGUUUUAAUGGACAUUAAUAAAGUAAUGCGUAAGGAGUA